UCUUUGCCCGUUUCUUUCCAAACCGCCGAGCCCGCAGAACCCGCCGUGUUCAAUGCGCAGCCAUGCUCAUCGUCUCGUCUCGCAGUGCGCUGCUGUCCGUCUACUACCCGCUCAUCUUCCUCAUCCUCACUAGCGGGAGCUACCUGGCACUGUCCUCUGUGGUAGCUCUGGGCGCCAACAUCAUCUGCAACAAGAUACCAGGACUGGCUCCUCGUCAGAGAGCACUCUGUCAAAGUCGUCCCGAUGCCAUCAUCGUCAUCGGCGAAGGCGCCCAACUGGGCAUCAAUGAGUGCCAGUACCAGUUCCGCUACAGCCGGUGGAACUGCUCAGCCCUGGGCGAGAGGACUGUUUUUGGACAAGAGCUGAGAGUAGGUAGCAAGGAAGCAGCAUUCACGUACGCCAUCACGGCAGCUGGCAUUGCCCACGCGGUUACCGCAGCUUGCAGGCAAGGCAACAUGACCCAAUGUGGAUGCGACCGUGAGAAGCAAGGCUACCACGAUCAAGAGGAAGGCUGGAAGUGGGGAGGCUGCUCAGCCGAUGUCAAGUAUGGGGUGGAGUUCUCCCGGCGCUUCGUAGAUGCCCGCGAGAUCAAGAAAAAUGCCCGUCGAUUGAUGAAUCUGCACAACAAUGAGGCAGGGCGAAAGAUCCUAGAGGAUAAGAUGCAGUUGGAGUGUAAGUGUCACGGCGUUUCCGGCUCUUGCACUACAAAGACCUGCUGGAUCACCCUACCAGUGUUCAGAGAGAUCGGUUACCUGCUGAAGGAACGCUACAGCGAUGCAGUCCAAGUGGAACCCGUGCGAGCCUCGCGGCUCCGCCAGCCCUCCUUCUUACGCCUCAAAGAGGCUCGUGGCUACCAGAAGCCCACAGACACAGAUUUGGUCUACCUGGAGCGCUCACCCAACUACUGCGAAGAGGAUAAAGCUACAGGAAGCACUGGCACACGGGGAAGGCUGUGCAACGGCACCUCCAUCUAUAUGGACGGCUGUAACGUGAUGUGCUGCGGCCGGGGCUACAACACGCACCAUUACACGCGUGUCUGGCAGUGCAACUGCAAGUUCCACUGGUGCUGCUUCGUCAAGUGCAACACCUGCAGUGAGAAAUCGGAAGUUUUCACUUGCAAGUAGGGAAAAAGGGUGUGGCGAGGGCUGGAGGAAAGUUGAUGACGAGGAACAGGACAAACUGGAGUCUAAGUGAAGGACCUGGACGUAUUUAUUCAAGAAUUUGCACAUUUGGAAAUCCUUAAAGAGAGGAAAGACAUGAAUGAUUGCAUGGAAAGACUUGGGGGGGGGGGGGGGGGGGGGGGGGGAGAGUAAGGGACACAGACAAGAGGCAAUGACUUGCAUACUACAAAACCAAAUCAGAUAACAAUGGGACGGUAUGGACACCCCCUCACAGUGAUUCUUGCAUUUACUUUGACUUCUACUUCAUUGCAGACAUUACAAAUCCAAUAUAUUUCAUGUUUUGUCCAGUCAAUUUCUUUUCAUUUGUAAAUAUACAUCCAUUCUUGCAAUACAUUCCAAAACAAUUGUGACUGAGUCAAAUUAGGGCUAUUAAUGAGGUAAAAAGAAAUUAAAUAUUUCAAACAGGUGAUUGUAGGUACAAAAGCAGUAUC